AUGAAGGGAAAUCCUGUUUCGUAUCCUGUUUCACCAGCAUUACCGAAAUCACGACUAUCCAAUCAUCAUCCGUUUAAACAUACUGGUCUCGACUAUGCCGGACCUUUACAUGUUCAAAAUGUUUAUCAUGGUGGAAGUAUGUAUAAAGCUUGGGUGUUCUUAUUUACUUGUACCAGUACCAGAGCUUUACAUUUGGAUUUAGUUUCUGAUGCUUCGUCUUCGGGUUGUAUUCGUAGUUUUCGCCGAUUCUUCAUUGAACGAGGUAUUACCUCUGAAAUUAUUUCUGACAAUGGUAGUCAAUUCAUUGCCGAAGAUACGCAACGAUUUUCGUCAAAUCGAGGAAUUAAAUGGCAUUUUAAUUUAGAAGCUCCUUGGUGGGGAGGGAUAUUAUCGUAUGAUGAACUACUGACUGUUCUAGCUGAAAUUCAAGCAGUUAUUAUUAACAGACCGCUGACAUUUUUGUGUGAAAACAUAGAUCAUUUGCAACGUAUCAUAAACCACUAUUGGAAUCGAUGGAAAUGCGAAUAUUUGACAGAGUUACGCGAAUAUCACAGAGUUGGCAAAUCACGUGGUGAAACUUCUAUUCGAAUCAACGAUGUUAUUUUAAUUGAGGAAGCCAAGCAACCGAGACAAAAUUGGAAAAUGGGAGUCGUUGAAGAGUUCGUACCAUCACGUGACGGUGAGAAACGGGGAGCUGUCGUUAGAUAUGUUCUCAAUGGAAACACACAUACAAUAGGACCGAUAAACAAACUUUAUCCUGUUGAAUUCGCGAAAAACGAAGCUGAAAAGAAAGAAGAAGUAAAUAUUACAUUCAUUGACGAAAAUGAUAUCAUAACGGACAUGAUAUUUAGGCAGCUAGGGGGAGGAUGUGGUUACCAUAUUUGUUUAUGUCUUCCCCAGCCCUCUAGCUGCUCUUAUUAUGCAUUUAUAUUCUCGCACAUGACAUGCGAAGGAAGUCCUGUAUCUGACAUGACUCGGUGGGGUUUGAAACCAAGACCUUCCGCACUGAAAGCGCACGCUCAACCACAAGGCUAG